ACUUAUGCAUUAAAUACAAAAAGUCGACGAUCUUCUAAUCGUAGUAGUAAUACUCGUUUUCGUACAAUAAUUCAUACAGGUUGGUGGGGUUGUGGUGCAUAUGGAAAUAAUCGACAAAUGAUGAUUUUGGCACAAAUGCUUGCAGCAUAUUGGACUCAAAUUGACGAACUUAUUUUUCAUACACAAACAAAUGAACAUGAUAGAGAUAUUAAAGCAGCUCGAGAUAUUGUUGAGAAAUUACUUCCGGAAAAAAAUAUUGAUCGUGUUAUAGACGACAUUGUUCGAUUCAAUUUACAAUGGGAAAAAUCAAAUGAUACAUAA